AUGGGCCUUUUCGACGACGUUGUUGACGCUUUCGAGCCCCCCGUACUGAUACACGACGAUCGAGCAGAGCAGAGUUUCAGUGAGACAACUACCACCACAGACGUCCAGGAUGGCGGCUAUGGCGGCGGCUCCGAUUACCAGCAGACAACGGAGACCACUGAUGUACAGGAUGGUGGCUGGGGAGGCUCCGAUUACCAGCAAACCACGACAACAGAUGUCGUCGACCAGAACAAUGGGUUCGGCGGCGGAGACUACUACCAGCAGUCGGAGACGACAUCGGAGACCGUUUCGGACGGCUGGUGA